AGGAUUUUAGGCAUUCUUCCCCCUCACCACCUCUGGCCUGACGGACCCACCAGCCCAUCACCAUGAACUACCUCCGCCGGCGCCUGUCAGACAGCAGCUUUGUGGCCAACCUCCCCAACGGCUACAUGAUGGAUCUGCAGAGGCCGACCCCUCCAGGUUCAUCCACUUCCUCCCCGGCCUCCCCGGCCACAGAGAGGCGGCAGCCCCCGAGCGCCCCGACUCCGGGCCCUAACCCAGCUUCGGGCCCGGCCCCAACUUCAGGCACAGGGAGCUUCCUCAGCUCCUUCUCCAGUGUGGUGAAGAGUGCUCAGAUGGCCCAGAACGUCGCUGCAGCUGCACACGCCAAAUCAGCAGCAACAGCAGCUGAAGGAGCCUCAACGGGAAGCAGCCAGCCACCUAAACCUGUCAUACGCAAGCCCAAGAUCCUGCUCAUCAUC